ACCAGUCUCAGAUUCAGACGCCGGCCGGCCGGCCGGGCUAAUCAGCUCUAGCAACACGCUAGACGAUAGGUUAGUGAUACAGUAGUGAGUGGUCGCUGGUGCUAGAGGAAUCGAUCGGAGUUUCGAUCGGCAACCAUCCAUCGAUCGAGGAGGGACUUGCCACGAUCGAGCAGGCGGGGCCAUGGCGGCACGGAUGGUCGUCGGAGUGGCCGCGGCCCUGCUCGCCGUGCUCCUGGCGGCGGCGGCGACCGGCGCUGACGGCCGCGACUUCCACGUCGGCGGCCGCGCCGGGUGGGCGCCCAACCCCGCCGAGCCCUUCAACACCUGGGCCGAGCGCAACCGCUUCCAGGUCAACGACACCCUCGUGUUCAGGUACAACAAGGACGCGGACGCCGUGCUGGUCGUGACCCCGAGCCACUACGACGCCUGCAACACCACGGAGCCCGCCCUCCGGCUCGCCGGCGGCGACUCCCGCUUCGUGUUCAACGCCUCCGGGCCCUACUUCUUCAUCAGCGCCGACGAGGGGCGCUGCAGGGCCGGCGAGCGCCUCAUCGUCGUCGUCCUCGCCGUCCGCAACAACGGCGCCGCCAACACGCCAUCGCCUGCGCUCCCGCCCAAGUCGUCAUCGUCGCCCCCGACACCGCCGCCUCCUGCCGCAACACCUGCUCCGCGCGCGUUGCCCCCGCCGCCCUCGCCACCGAAGUCGUCAUCGCCACCGCCCAAGUCGUCGUCGCCGCCGCCGCUGACAUCCCCGCCUCCCGCUGCCGCACCUGCUCCGCAUGCUUUGCCCCCACCGCCGCCAGCGGGGAAGAAUGCUUCGUCGCCGGCGCCCGCGCCUUCUGCCACUAACGUGACGUCGUCGCCACCGUCACCAUCGUCGUCCGCGGGCGCCUUGAGGGGUGGCGUCCUUGCGUGCCUUAUCGUCGGUGGAGCAGCGAUUCUGGUCUGAUAUGGUCGAUCGGUCUCGAGCCCCGGACCUGCAAUCCGGCCAUGUUGCUGAUGAAACCUCAUUGUCUUUCCUUUAUUAGUUGGUGAUUUAGAAUUUCUAGCUUCUGAGUUUUAGGGCUCGCGUCAAAAUAUCUUUUUUUUGUUCGUUUGGUGGGUCGAUUAUCGAGAUUUUUCAGUCGUUGGAAGUGGGAUAUUCAAUCUUUAGAACCAAUGAAACACAUUUAUUAAGACAAAGAGAUCCAAGAGAUAUGCUAUGUAUGUUCUCGUUCUAGUUUGUUUU